AUGGAGGAGGUCAGAGAUGGAGGAGGUCAGAGAUGGAGGUCAGUGAUGGAGGAGGAGGUCAGAGAUGGAGGAGGAGGUCCAGAGAUGGAGGAGGUCAGUGAUGGAGGAGUGAUGGAGGAGGUCAGUGAUGGAGGAGGUCAGAGAUGGAGGAGGUCAGAGAUGGAGGAGGUCAGUGAUGGAGGAGGUCAGAGAUGGAGGAGGAGGUCAGAGAUGGAGGAGGAGGUCAGAGAUGGAGGAGGUCAGUGA